AUGGCGCAACACUUUGUUCGUAAAGAAACUGCUGGGUCGAUCUUUCACAGAGUUACGGGAUUAUUACGUUCCGGUCAAUUGGAAUGGAAAGAGAGACCAUUGUGGUACGAUGUGUAUGUAGCUAAUCCACCACAUAUUGAACCUUCUGUAAAAACAUCCUUCCCAAUUAGGAAGCUGUAUUACAAGGAAGAUGUCGCUAUGGCGCGAUUUUAUAAGCAAUUUCGUUCACUAGGAGCCAUUAACAUCAGUAAUGAAGAGUCUCAAUCACUGUGCAAAAAAUUCACCGAUCUUUACAAGGCGAUCGAAAAAACGUGGCCCGACCUAAGUGAAGACGAACAUUAUCAGAAAGCGUUAGUAAUGCUGAAUGAGAAACUCAACUUAAAAAAACAGGAAAUAAGCGAACAGAAGCCUGUCUCGCAACAAGAACAUUAA